CCAAUUCCUUCCCAUCUAUUUUAUGGGGACGGAAACUUUAUUAACGCCCCUUCUUUAAACUCAGAUUUCUUCUAGGAACUUGGUAGUUUAGUAGAUAAUGUUACGACCAGUAGGUGUAGCUCGGGUAUUUUACUUGUAAUCCUUUCACUCUGAUAUUUUCUCCUCGUGAUCCUUUAAUCUAACUAUUCAAAUUGUUUUCCUUUGUGCAGGUAUGGACUCUGAUGACUUCUUCGAGCACUACCAAACCGCUGCUGCUGCCUCUGUCCCGAAGGAUAGCAAAAGGGCUCGAGGGGAAAGCAGUAAGGCCCCCUCAAAGAAGGCUCGAACAGAGGACACUCCCGGCGCUGGCCCCUCUAAAGAGAACACGACACCUCCGCCUCCCACCGAAAAAUCGUCGCCUGCUCCUGCGAAUCCACAACCCUCUUCUAGGGCUGCUGGUAGAGAGACUCUGGACAAUGCCUCCGAAGGCUCCCUGUCCAACCUCGUGGUUGGGUCGGCCAGGGAAAGAAUCUACACGCUCUCCAAGCACAGGCGCAGCCAGACCACCAUCAAUGAAAUCGCCUCAAUGACGGCCGACCAGAUCAUCAACCGAGGGUUGAACGAAAUAGUCAGCGGACUGCUGGCUGGCGCUGCAUUGGGGCGCUGGUUUCUCGCGAGCAGAACUUUGACUCCAGGCUUGCUCAGUCCAAGCAAGCACUUGAGGAUGAGAAGAAAAAGCUGCUCGAAGAGAACAAGGAGUUGGCUAAGCUGAACGAGCAACUAUGCGAGGACCAAGCCGCUCUCACCCAAGAGCUUCAGGAAAGUCAAGCGGCCCGAAAUAAAGCCAUCGUCGAGCGGCACAAAUGGAAGGAGAACUGCACACUCAACACCCAAGAGUGUAAACAGCUCACACUCGAUCUGACCGCCAGUAGGGAUGAGGUAAAGAAGCUUGAGGAACGGGUGCGUGAGCUCGAGGAGGAUAGAGUUAAAACUCUGAAGAAGUACAAGGAAGCCACCUUCCUCUGCUUCUAUGACUUCUGGAAGCACAAUCGGGAGGCAGACAUUAGCUAUCUCUCCGAGCGGUUGCAAAGGAUGCUGAUGGUGCAGUGUGCUAGUCGGCUGGAGGCAGAAGAGAAAGCCAAGGCCCAAACUCCUGCUGCUAAUGCUGUGGCUGACCAGAAUGCUCCUAAUCCAGAAGACCCUCCUGCCCCCCAGCAAAAUUAAUAUUUAUAUUUUUUUUUCAGCUUUUAUGGCCCACGGGUCUUUUUGUAAAGACAAUCUUUUUUCUUUUAUUGCUGCGAGGGUAGCUCUUUUGCUUAUGCUUGAACAAUUACA